CUCCUUGCAAGGGAGGUUUGGCGGGUCCUCCUCCUUCCCCUCCUCCUCCUCCUCCUCUUUGCAAGGAGCCAGAGCGGGGCCAGCUCCGAUGGUCCUUGGCUUCCUCUCCCUCUCGGGGGCUUCUGACACCCACCGGGAGAACAGAUCCAGAGGGACUGAGAGAGCAGUGAGGGCGGCCGGGGGGGGGGUUCCUCUUGCGGGGGGGCUGCCUUGCUGGAGGGAGCCCCUUCCCGGACCGCACAGUGAGGGGAAAGGCGGCUGGCGGAGGAGAGCCUCUCCCUCCCGGUUCCCCUGUGUCCUCCUUUGGGCAUGGCUGUGAGGAGUGCAGCCAGCCGCAGUCGCCUGCGCAAGGGAAGAGGCGGUGAGAGGAAAAAUGAGGAGAAAACCAGCGGAGAAUUUAUGUGUGGUGCCAGAUUGGAAAAGAGGGAGCAAUACAUACUAAAAACCCGAGCAAAAGGGAAGAAAAGAAAUGGAUAAUAUGCUUUUCUCAGCAUGGAGUAGAAAAAAAUACAGAAAGAAAGAGAACGAAGCCUGUGCCCGCUACGUAGGAGAAGCUUCACUUUUGAACCAAGCUUUGAACCUCAGGCCGAAAUGCAAAGAGGUGACAAACCACAGAUGCUAUGAAUGCAGAAAGAGCUUCAGCACAAGUGGCGCUCUUAAUAGACACUAUAGAACUCACACUGGACAGAAAUCACAUAAAUGUUUGGAGUGUGGAAAGAGCUUCAGCACAAGUGGAAAGCUUACUAUGCACAAUAGAACCCACACUGGGGAGAAACCCCACAAGUGCUUUGAGUGUGGCAAGAGCUUCAGCACGAGUGGCGCUCUUAAUAGACACCAUAGAACCCACACUGGGGAGAAACCCCAUACAUGCUUUGAGUGUGGCAAGAGCUUCAGCACCAGUGGAGAGCUUACUAUACACAAUAGAAACCACACUGGGGAGAAACCACAUAAAUGCUUUGAUUGUGGCAAGGGCUUCAGCACAAGUGGAGAUCUUACUAAACACCAUAGAACCCAUACUGGGGAGAAACCACAUAAAUGCUUGGAGUGUGGAAAGAGCUUCAGCAUGAGUGGAGAUCUUACUAUACACCAUAGAACCCAUACUGGGGAAAAACCACAUAAAUGCUUGGAGUGUGGAAAGAGCUUCAACGUGAGAGGAAACCUAAUUAGACACAGUAGAACCCACACUGGGGAGAAACCACAUAAAUGUUUUGAGUGUGGAAAGAGCUUCACCCAGAGAGGACACCUUAUUAUACACAAUAGAAGCCACACUGGGGAGACACCACAUAAAUGCUUGGAGUGUGGAAAGAGCUUCAGGCAGAGCGGAGAUCUUACUAAGCACCAUAGAACCCACACUGGGGAGAAACCACAUAAAUGCUUUGAGUGUGGCAAGAGCUUCAGCAGCGGUGGAGAGCUAACUAUACACCAUGGAACCCACACUGAGGAGAAACCACAUAAAUGCUUAGAGUGUGGCAAGAACUUCAGCAUGAGUGGACAUCUUAAUGAACACCAUAGAAUGCACACUGGGGAGAAACCACAUAAAUGCUUUGAGUGUGGAAAGAGCUUCAGCACGAGUGGAAAGCUUACUAUACACAAUAGAUCCCACACUGGGGAAAAACCCCACAAAUGCUUUGAGUGUGGCAAGAGCUUCAGCACGAGUGGAGUUCUUAAUAGACACCAUAGAACCCACACUGGGGAGAAACCACAUAAAUGCCUGGAGUGUGGCAAGAGCUUCAGCACGCGUGGAGAGCUUACUGUGCACAAUAGAAACCACACUGGGGAGAAACCACAUAUAUGCUUUGAGUGUGGCAAGAGCUUCAGCACGAGUGGAGAUCUUACUAAACACCAUAGAACCCACACUGGGGGGAAACCACAUAAAUGCCUGGAGUGUGGAAAGAGCUUCAGCAUGAGUGGAAAUCUUACUAAACACCAGAGAAUCCAUACUGGGGAGAAACCUCAUAAAUGCUUGGAGUGUGGAAAGAGCUUCAGCCAGAGUGGAGCUCUUACUAUACACAAUAGAACCCACACUGGAGAGAAACCCCAUACAUGCUGGGAGUGCGGAAAAAGCUUUAGGCAGAGUGGACAGCUUGUUAUACACCAGAGAACCCACCCUGGAGAGAAACCACAGAAAUGCUUGGAGUGGUGUGUGCAUAAUGGUUCGGUGUGCAGAAAGAACUUCAGCAGGAGUGGAUAUCUUACACCAGAGAACCUACACUGGAAAGAAUCUGCAUUAGAUGUGUGCAUGGAACUGUCUGGUCCGGUUCAGUUUGAGUCCGGACCCAAUCCGGGCCCGUUCAGUCCAGCACCAGCUCAAAAUUCCUCCGGUCUGGUCUGGGGUGGUCCAUGAACCUUUUUACGGGAGAUUUUUUAAAUUACCCACAUCCAGGGGGGUUCUCCAAGGCAGUGGAGAGAUCUGCGGAGGGUCCCCCUACCCCAGCUAGCCUCUCUUCCUUAAAAAAUGGCCCCGAAACCUCCUCCUGGUGCAGCGGACAUUUUGGAGGCUGCUGCACCUGUUCAAUGGACCUUUGCAUGGCCUGGGUUUCCCACCCUAAAAAGCUCAUGGAUCAGUUUGAUUUUGAACCUGCUUGCACAUCUCUAAACUGCACCAAUGCUUGCAGUGUAGGAAUUGGUUCAGGAGGAAGGCACAACUUACUGCACAUGCACAAACUUUUACAGUGAAGAAAUCAUACACAUGAAUCUGUAGACAAGCCUGAAAAUCUCCCUCAUUUUGUGAAAAGUACUCCCUUGUGAUUUUUCUGCGUUGUAUUUGUCUUGAUUCCCUCUGAGGGAAUUCAUAGAUUUGUUUUUGUGUUUGCGAUAAGAAUAAAAUUGCAUAAUUUGU